CCCGGGCUGCACACAGUUACGCACUCCUUCACACUCCCUCACAACGGCCCCAGCCGCUCACCGGCUGUAGAAAAUGGUGAAAGAAACCACUUACUAUGAUGUUUUGGGGGUCAAACCCAAUGCCACCCAGGAAGAAUUAAAAAAGGCCUACAGAAAACUGGCCUUGAAGUACCACCCUGAUAAGAAUCCAAAUGAAGGAGAAAAGUUUAAACAGAUUUCUCAAGCUUAUGAAGUUCUCUCUGAUGCCAAGAAAAGGGAAUUAUAUGACAAAGGAGGAGAACAGGCAAUUAAGGAGGGUGGAGCAGGUGGUGGUUUUGGCUCCCCCAUGGACAUCUUUGAUAUGUUUUUUGGAGGAUGAGGAAGGAUGCAGAGAGAAAGGAGAGGUAAAAACGUUGUGCACCAGCUCUCAGUAACAUUAGAAGACUUAUAUAAUGGUGCAACAAGAAAACUGGCUCUGCAAAAGAAUGUGAUUUGUGACAAAUAUGAAGGCCGAGGUAGUAAGAAAGGAGCAGUAGAGUGCUGUCCCAACUGCCGAGGUACUGGAAUGCAAAUAAGAAUUCAUCAGAUAGGACCUGGAAUGGUUCAGCAAAUUCAGUCUGUGUGCAUGGAGUGCCAGGGCCAUGGGGAACGGAUCAGUCCUAAAGAUAGAUGUAAAAGCUGCAAUGGAAGGAAGAUAGUUUGAGAGAAGAAGAUUCUGGAAGUUCAUAUUGACAAAGGCAUGAAAGAUGGACAAAAGAUAACAUUCCAUGGUGAAGGAGACCAAGAGCCAGGACUGGAACCAGGAGAUAUUAUCAUUGUGUUAGAUCAGAAGGACCAUGCUGUUUUUACUCUACGAGAAGACCUUUUCAUGUGUAUGGACAUACAGCUGGUGGGAGCAUUAUGUGGCUUCCAGAAGCCAAUAUCUACUCUUGAUAAUCGAACCAUAGUCAUCACCUCUCAUCCAGGUCAGAUUGUCAAGCAUGGAGAUAUAAAGUGUGUGCUAAAUGAAGGUAUGCCAAUUUAUCGUACACCAUAUGAAAAGGGUCGCCUAAUCAUCGAGUUUAAGGUAAACUUUCCUGAAAAUGGCUUUCUGUCUCAUGACAAACUCUCUUUGCUGGAAAAACUCCUACCUGAGAGGAAGGAAGUGGAAGAGACUGAUGAGAUGGAUCAGGUAGAACUGGUGGACUUUGAUCCAAAUCAGGAAAGACGGCGCCAUUAUAAUGGAGAAGCAUAUGAGGAUGAUGAACAUCAUCCCAGAGGUGGUGUUCAGUGUCAAACCUCUUAAUGGGGCCAGUGAAUAACACUCACUGCAGGCAUUUCAUAUGCAGUAGUGAAUGAGUGAAGGACUAUAAUCAUAAUAUGCUCACUACUUGCUAUUGUUUUUGUUUUAAUAUUCAAUUAUAGUAGUGUUUUAAAAGUUAAAUGAAGAAUAAACGCAAAUAUAAAAGCUCUGACUUUGCCCUGUAUGUAUGAUGACUUUAGUGUGCAAGAAGUUGUUUAAUACCUGUAAAAACUACUUUUAAAAAAGUUCCCCUAGCAUCUGUUAGGCCCAUACCUUGUAAUUGAUUUCAGCUGUGUAUGUGGACAAACUUAGACUGAAAUACUAGGUAUAUGUGUUGAUUUCAGUGUAUGACCCUUCAUUGUUAAACUAUAAAAUUAAAACUCUGUAUUUAACUUGCAAUCAGAAAAAGAAAACUUAAUUUGUAGAGGA